UUCCACGGAAGAAGGAGAAGGAAGCUGAACUCCGUCACAGCACUUGGUUUAUUUUGCUCCAGUUUUGUGUGGUUAGCUACAUCAAAUAGCAAUUCCGUCUCUGUCUAGUUUCGUGAAAUUCCACUCACGUUUUUUGGGGCGCGAUUGUCUUAACGGAGUAGAGGUAGGUGUAUUCGGGAUACAAUAGUUGCACAAUUGGUUGUUGAACCGAGACACUAUCUGUGAAACAAGGGGCCUGUACCAGGCACCCGUUGGCGAUAGCCCUUAACAGCCACAAUGAGCUCGGAGCAGCAGAGCGACAGCGUGGACCCGGAUGAGUCGCAGGACAGGUCUAGCAGCAGCAGGGUGUCGGACAAGGAACAGGACCCCCAGACAGAUGACUCCGCCGAUGAAGGCAAGGCACCGGCGCGUCCUCCGCAGAGCAGCCGAGAGGAGGGAAGUGCUAACCCGAGAAGCUCCAGGGCGGAUUUUGCAGCCGCGGAGGACAAUCCCCGGUGUCAGCCGAAUGUACAAGGCGCCUCGGGGCAGGGGACUACCUCUAUGGCUGGCCCUGGUUCGGUUGAGAGUAGCUCCAACAGCCUGUUCUCCAUGCUACAGAGCAGGACUAUAAGGAGAGGGCUGUUCGUGGAUCCAUCUAGGGAUAACUUUAGGACAAUGACGAACUUGUAUUUUUCCAUGAGUCCGGCUGCAGACUCGGUCAACCUCAGUACCCAAACUCAUGGCGCAGUGUUUAAUUUGGAAUACUCCCCCGACGGGUCUGUCCUGACAGUGGCCUGUGAGCAGACAGAGGUUCUCCUGUUCGACCCCAUCUCCUCCAAGCACAUCAAGACCCUGGUGGAGGCCCAUGAAGACUGUGUCAAUAACAUCAGGUUUCUGGACAACCGUCUGUUUGCCACGUGUUCUGAUGACACCACCAUAGCUCUGUGGGACCUGAGGAAGCUCAACUCUAAAGUGUGUUCGCUGCACGGUCACGCCAGCUGGGUCAAGAACAUCGAGUACGACACCAACACACGACUCCUUGUCACCUCUGGCUUUGACGGCAACGUCAUCACCUGGGACACCAACAGGUUUACAGAGGAUGGCUCCCCCCUCAGCUCAGAUGGCUCAGCGUCUGCAUCGAGGUCAAGUGGAGCUCCUCGACAGGGUAACGACUCCAGCAAGAUCCACCCUCACAGAGAAGGUCUCUCCCCCAGGAAUAGCUUGGAGGUGUUGACCCCAGAGAUCCCAGGAGAGAGGGACAGGGGGAACUGCAUCACCUCUCUCCAGCUUCACCCUAAAGGCUGGGCCGCCCUCAUACGCUGCUCCUCCAACAUGGAUGACCAGGAGUGGACAUGUGUGUAUGAGUUCCAGGAUGGCUCCCCCACACGUCCCCCCGUCUCCCCGCGCUGCUCUCUGCGUCUGACGCACUACAUCGAGGAGGCUAACGUGGGGAGGGGCUACAUCAAGGAGUUGUGCUUCAGUCCUGACGGGCGGCUCAUCUGCUCCCCCUACGGGUACGGAGUACGACUGCUGUCCUUCGAUGAGAACUGUAUGGAGCUGUCUGACUGCCUGCCCGUCCAGACCAGCUGUCUCAGAGAGGUCCGGUCCAUCUACUCCCAUAGUGAUGUGGUCCUCACCACCAAGUUCUCCCCGACCCACUGCCAGCUGGCGUCAGGCUGCCUCAGUGGCCGCGUCGCCCUGUACCAGCCCAGGUUCUAACCGCAGGGCUGUCCCAAAUGGUCCCCCCCUAUUCCCUAUGGGCUCUGGUCAWAAGUAGUGCACUAUAUYGGGAAUAGGGCUCUGGUCUAAAGUAGUGCACUAUAUAGGGAAUAGGGCCCUGGUCUAAAGUAGUGCACUAUAUAGGGAAU